GAAGGUAACCCGCAAUUACCCGCCCAAGAGAAGCCCACCCUAGAUUGCGUAGGCUUCGUAUAAAUAAAGGCAUAUAAAUAAAGGCAUCUAGGGCCGCAACCGCAAGUGUGGCAAAUUGGGGGUGUUAGAGUGUUAGGUAUCAAUUGAAUUGAAGAGAGGGAGCGAUGCCGGAAAAAAUGGUGGUGGAAAAGAGAGGGGAAUUGAAGAAUAAGAUGAUAGUAGGGGGCGUGGUGAUUGAACCCAGGAACCCUUUACUUAUAGCACCUCGUGAUUGUUGUGAAAUUGUUUACUAUGUUUUGGAUCUGAACACUGCGGAAGUCUCAUCACUUCCUCGUAUCGUGGUUGGUAAUGGUUGUGAGCCUCCCGUGGGUGUUGUGGGAUCUACACUUUAUGUUUUUGGGGGCGGCAAAUCGUUCUCCUCCGGUGACGGUGAUGAUUCCGCAAAAUCAAAAACCCAAGAAAGGUAAGAGGAAACAGAAAGGCUUAUUCUCAUGUCAUAUGCUAGAUCUUACCAAACCUAAAGAUGGUUGGAGACUAGCCACCGCUGGGCUCGAUCAGUCACCAGCCGUAAGGGCCAAUCAGGCGUGGCCAGAAGGUAUCGUCGAAUUUGGUGGGAAGAUAUAUGUUUUUGACAACUCCGAAUCUGGUUUUAUUGGCGAGGUUUUCGAUCCUCAACAUAAUAAUUGGCGUCGCUUAAAGUCGCCUCCGUUCCCACCGCCACCGUGUGGUGAUGGGGAUCAGUUGUUUGAUUACCGCACACUAAUUCUUCCGGUUAUGGCGGAUCACAAAAGAAACAGAAUCAUAGUGUACUUCCAGUAUAUCUCAACGAUGUAUGCCUAUUAUCCAUGUGAGGAUCAAUGGCGGUGUCUGGUUGAGGACCUUAAAGGUGGAUGGCAAAGGUGGGGAGAGGCCGUGACUAUCGCAGACGAUGGGGUUAUCUAUAUUCAUAAUCCUAGAAUGAAGGCAUUCUUUAGGGCUUAUGAUACAGUCUCUAAAGAAUGGUUGAACGUAAGACUGUCCCCUGAGGCUGAGGCUAAAGCCGACUAUCGAUCUUAUCUUAUUUAUACCAGAUAUGAUACCUUAUUACAUCGGGGCAAUGGCGUGCUGUGCUUGAUCUUUUCCGCUAUUCCUUGGGACGAGAACCCCGCCUUUGAUCAUAUUGUCCAAUUCAAAGUCCAACUCGUCAACUUGAAUGCCAACUCUAAGGAGAUUCUUGUCACUCCGCUUUCUUCCCAACAUUAUAAUCUCCCCUCUCGCUGCAGUACUUUUCUCUACCUCCCUGUCUAGAUAGGUUUGUUGCAACUUGAGGGCCAAUGAACGAGCUUCAUGUCUAAGUUGGAAUUGUGAAGAGCUGCGUUGAUGUUGAAAGUCAUAUGUGUUUAUUUUAGCUGCAAUAGCGAUUGUAGCAGCAAUUGCAAUCAUGAUUUUAUUAAGGCAUGUUAUUAGUACUUAAUGUAUUCACCUUGGAUCCGACAAUGUAGACUUUUAUUAAAUUGCUACUCUCGUGUUAUUAGUCUAUGUUGUAUAUUUGGAAUUGUAGUAGCCUGGCUGGUAUGCUUAAAAAUAAGUCUUAUUUCCUUGCUGGUAUGCUUUCAUCUUUGCUACACACUAUUAAAUAAAGGAAGGAAAUGUGGGAGGGAAAGUUGCAUGGAGAGUAAAUAGGAGGGGCAGUAGGUGUUUUCAUUGUUUUCCAAUUAAUUAAAGCGUGUAUUACUAAGAAUACUAACGUCAGGUUAAUAUGAUGUUUACGGUAAGCCAUUAUAUUUCAAAGCCAUGAUUAUCUCUAUGCUUACGGUAGUUAUUUAGGAUUAUAUUCGGGUGUAUCAUUGAUAAUAAAAGUUUAAUGAUGUGUGGCAAAGAUAUAAGUCAAAAUCACAAGUUAUCAUUGAUAAAUUCCCAUACUUAUUUUAUAAAAAUUCUCUUUUGGGCCCCACCUUAUACAUUUUUUAAAAUUUGGUGAACAUUCUAAUGUUGCAACUAAAUCGAAACGGAGGGAUUAAUAAACAUAUUUUAAUACUAAAGGAAAAUUUGAAAAAUAGCACCAUCAAUACAUCACAUUUUAGAAUUACCACCUCGAAUGAUUUAUUUUUUUAAAAAAAUUUAUCACCUACAAAAUCUCAAAACAUCAAAUUUACCACCACUACUUUGCCCAAACCUUCAUUGACGACGUCAUGUGGGGUCACCAACGAAUUUUUCUGUUCUAUUUCCCUCUUUUUUCCUCCCCUUCCCUCGAUUCUCCCUCUCUGUUCUUCAUUCUUCAUAAAAUUCUCUCUUAGUUUAGGUAAAACUUCCAAUUAAUGUGUAAUAAGGGUUUUUGCAAUCAAUUUGGGAUUUUAAAAUCCUAAUUACACAUACUUUUUUUUUAAAGCAAUUACACAUACUUGAAUGCAAUAAUUGGAUUUUUCGCACAAAUUCAUAGAGAAUAUUAGGAAGAGUGAUGAACAGAGAGUGUAAAUCGGAGAAUCGAGAGGGAAAUAGAAAAGAAAACGCGUUGAUGGGCCCCACAUGACGUGAAGGUGGUACUCCCUCCGUGUUUUAAAAAGUGUUACACUUGCCUAAUCCGAUCGUGUUUUAACAAUUGAUAUUUUGAAGAUUUGAAGGUGGGUGGUAAAUUUUAAAAAAAAAUCAUUGGGGGCGGUAAUUCCUAAAAAGUGAUGUAUUGAUAGUAGUAAUUCCUACUGUAUUCAUAUUUUGUAUUUUUUAACUUGUUUGUAGUUUGUUUAUUAUUAAAUGUUCAUAUUAUUAUAAGUGACUAAUUGGGUUUGGGCGUGCAUUUUUUACGGGCUUGGUCAAGCACUUUUCUUAUGAGGAGAUUAAGGCAUCUUUUAGAAAGCUUGCUAAAGAAACGCACCCUGACCUCGUUUCUUCUGCGGAUACUGAUACUGCUGAUUCGAAACGUUUCAUCCAAAUUCUCGCUGCUUAUGAGGAAAUUUUCAAGCUGUAAAGAAAGCUCUCUUGUCUGUUUCAAGUUGUCUCCAAGAGCACACCAAAGGUGACAUGUUUGAAGUACCAUGGUUGUACUUUUGAAGUGGUGAAAGUAUGACUGACAAGCUAAGAGUGAAGAAAAUGACUCAAGGUGCUACAAAGAAGAAACGGCAGCAAAAGAAAAAGAAUUCAAAGGAUAAAAUUUCAGAGGAUGAAAUAACAAAGAAGAUUUCAGCUUUGUGGGAGCAAGAAAGAUUACAAGAGUGCUUGGAUUUUAUCAUUUCUCUUGAUGAUGAGUGGUUGAAAAAUUUAAAAGUCUAUUCUAUGAAAGUGCAUGCACUUGUAGGUUUGAAACGGUUUGAAGAGGUAUUGGCUUUGCAAAAACGACUCGAAGAAUUUGGACAUAAAACGACUUUGGCACUUGGUGAAUGGUUUAUGUUUGCUUAUGCUAACAGAAAGCAAAAUAAUAUUUUGGAAGCAUAUCUCCUUUAUAAAUAUGUGCAUGAUCAGAAGGGUGCAGUCUGUGUAGAUGAUGAAGCAUUCAAAAACUGUCUCAAAUGGAUAAAAAGACUACAACCGAAAGUUCAACCAGAUUUGGAUAGAAUUGCAGUGGAAAGAGCUAGUAAAUUUUUGGAUGAUGAGCGUGCUGCCUCCUCUUCCACCAAGGCUCCUGCCUCCUCUUCCACCAAGGCUGCGACCUCUUCCACUCAAGGCUGCAUCCACCCGACCAAGGCUGCAUCCACUCCGACCAAGGCUGCAUCCACUUCGACCUUGGUUGCGUCCGCUUCGACUUUGGCGAUCCCUUCUUUGACCUUGGAUCCCUCAUCUUUGGGUGUGGAUGCCUCUUCCCAAAAAAUGAUGAAGUUUACAGAGGAUGGUGUGAUAUACUUUGAAAUGACCCAGCUUGAUGAAUUUUCAUAUCUUGGUGUAAUGAAGAUAGGCGGGAGUUCUUUUCCCAAGUCGUAUAUCAAAAUUGGCGAGAAUUCUACUUCAGAUGUCUCAAUUAGGCUUAAGAAAAACUCAUGCCUAUUGAAAAUUGAAUUUUCAAUGUAUUUCCACUCCCUUUCCAGUAGGGUAGCAAUUGUUGAGCCGGUCCGUCCAGUAAAAGUGUUCUUUGAAUUGAAGCUUGAAGAUUUCAAAUCGGAAGCAAUGGCUCAAACUUGUAAAAAAUGGUGGGAAUAUAUCAAAGACGACUUUCUAUCAAUUUUCGAUCAAAAAGUCUGUAGUGAUCUGGAAAAAUCACUCUACGUUACUGAGGAGGGGAGAAGCCAAAAUAUUGCAUAUUUCUCAAGAAAAAUUUACAUUCAGUCAAGCGCAAAAAGAAGUGUCUGA